AUGAUCCAACAAACUCUUCAUGAAAGCAUGUUUAAUCGGAACAGAAGCUACUCGACAUCGUCUUUGCCAACAAAGCCUAAUGACUAUAACUCUGACCAACAAAACAAGGAGAAAGACAAUCUGGAUUCACAGACCGAGACCCAAUUUGCCAGUGACAACAUAACCUCAAACCAUGAAGAAUGGCAAAGGGAUGAAAUUCCCAUCAGGAGAAAGAAAAGGAAAGAAACAAGUCCAAUUCUCAACGAAGGGAAUAAAAAACAGAAAAAUUCCCCAGACUUUGUGAUCCCUACACACAAUAGUUUCGAACUACUUCAUACGGAGCUUACGGAUAAAACCAACAAUACAGAUAAAGUAUACACUGUGGCGGUAUAG